UGCUGAAGGAUAACUGUCAUUUGUUUUUCUUUUUCUUUUCGUAUGGGCAGAUAAGUCCGGUCCUAUCUGGAAAUUCCCAGAAUAUUCUUCGCCAGAUUCUUCGCAAUGAUCAAUGUCGGGUACCCUGCUCUGAUUUGUCCAGGAAUGGGGAUGCCAAUCGCCAUCCUUGCUUGGCAGCAUUCAUUCAGCUAUAUUAUCAUAUCACCUUCUCGAAGAGUCUCGGUCGCUUUACUCACUUAUUAAACGUCUUAACCUACCUUCACCACAAACUAAAACCAACCUCGUUUGUGUUAUUUAUAUUGUUGUUGGUAAGGUUAGUCUUUGGCUCAUAUGUUAGAUACAAGUUGUGACAAAUGUGUACUAGAUUAUUAUUUUUUUUUUUUUUGGCUAAGAGUUUCCACUAUCAUAAUUAUAAUUUUAAACCUAGAGGCUAUGAUGAAUUAUUUUUAAAUCAUUUCGAACUUUCUUCCAACAUAGAACUGCUUUUAAGACGAUAGUACGAUAGCUGAGCCAUACCAAAUACAAAUGGUAUGCUAUCUUGCUGAAGCAUGCUGUUGUGGUGAAUUAUUACCGUCCCAAUCAUUUUUCUACUGUGCCAUGUCCUGCAUAAGAUGAAGACGGGCACCCCCUUCUGCAAGUUCCAAAACUAAAUUGGUGAAAGAAGCUAUGCCUGGCUAGCUAGCUGAUAGAAAAAUUAUUAUGUAGAUUUAGAAUGGCAUAAAAUUAUAUAAUAAUCUCAUCCGAGAAAUAAAGCUAUCUAGAUUCACAAUCUAAUGGUUUUAUUGUAUGGUUGAAUGAAUCUAUUUAGAUUCACAAUGGAUAUGAUCCAUCUAAUAAUUAUUUUGAAAGAAGAUGAAUUCUUUUGAAAUUGGGAUGGUGGCGUCUCUUUCUCCCCCUUUUCUCUAAUAAGAGGCUGACCGCACCCAACCCUCCACUGCCCAAUCUCUCCCUUUUCUGUAACAAGAGGCUGGCCGCACCCAAACCUCACUGCCGUGCCAAACCCAAACCCCAGAUGCUGACGCCAAUAAAUUCACAGACGUAAUCCCUCGCCCUACAUCCAUCCAAUGGAAAUAGUUCAUGCUGACGCCCCUCCAUUUAUAAAUAUGUGCUCUUGACAUCAUCACAUGCCAUCCAUCCAUCCAUCCAUCCUUCCUCCACCUGCAACAAGUAGAAGGGAAGGAAGGGACGCAAAAUGAGGUCUUCUCUGAUGGGGUCUCACGGGGUGGCCUUGGCCACCGCCAUGGCGGUCUCCGGCACCGUAAUUCUCCUCGCCCUCUGCCGGCAAUGGUCCUUCCCGGCCCGGCAGUGCAAUCUUCGCUCCUGCAUCUCCUCUGAGGAGAGGAAAAGGGACAGAGCGAGCAGCAAGAAGAAGAAGAGGGUCCACUUCGCGGCGCAGGUGGAGGAGCUCCUUGGGGAGACCAGCGGCAGCAGCGACGAGGAGGAGGAGGAGGAGGAGGAGGAGGAUAUGGCCACCCUGCCACCGGCGUCGGCGCGGUCGGAGGAGGAGGUCCGACGGGUCCGGGGAAUGCCGGCGAACCGGGUGGCCCUGUACAACGGAAUUCUCCAAGAUCGCUUGCACCGAAUGACCUGUUCCUAUUGAUUCCUUCUCUUCCUUCCUUUCUUUAGCGUACCAAAAGUUUAACCCCCAAUUCUUUGUAUAGAGAGAGAGAGAGAGUGUGUGUGUGUGUGUGUGUGUGUGAGAGAGAGAGAGAGAGAGAGAGAGAUUGGAGAAUCUGCUGACCGUGCUCGGACUGGAUGCAGGGAGAAGCACAUGUGUGCCUAAGCUGCUUGCCAUUUACCGAACGAACGCUUCCUUUGUACCGUGAAUUUCUGUUUCACAAAACCAAGUUGGGCGGUCGAGUA